AUGACCGACCUAACACCCUGUUUCCUCUAUAAAGAGACGCGUAUAAAUCUCGACUGGGACGAUGCCUACCGACUGACCGCAAACAUCUUCCUUCCUGGCCAUCACGGUGGACCCAGCAAACGGAGCUCCCAACACUCUGCAGAACUCAUCAAAACGCCGGAAGGAAAGCCCGAUACACUAUUCUCUCAUAGAUUCCUUGCGACAGCUGCGUCGGUACACUACAGGCCGGUCGAGCGAUAUCCAAGAUGCAUCAUGUGGAGGGUUCUGGAGAAUGCGCAGGUGUUGUCUGUGACGUCGGUCGAUUUCACAAAGCCAAAUGAUAUACGAGGGGAGUUUGCGACCACAUUCAGAUUCUACUUUCCGGAACCGAUCAGGCAGAACUGUGUGGGCUUUACAGAUAAUCCGGAUCGCGAUGAGCUGGUGAUCUAUGCCCUGACCACUGGUAACGUCAUCUACACGUUGAACUUGUCGUCAGAGUUUCUACUCAAGAAUUUGGUCGUGAAGAAGGGCAGCAAAGAUAGCGAUUACUGCAGAACUUACUCGCCAAACUCAUUCAUUAUACAUUCUCCACAUUUCCUGAUGGCGAUUGAUCAUCAAUCUUUGCUUGUAUCAUUACAAGAUGGCACAUUACUCAAGCUGGAGAAAAGUCAUUUAUUUCCUGACGAACCAGAUACAUCGAUUUCCAAAUACUUUGAGAAAACGUUUAGCGAAGGGAGUUACCUUUCUUUGCUGAAAAGCAAAAUGCCAUUCCUCGGGCGGACUGGGCAUUUGCGAUAUGGAAAUGAUAGCGUUUCAUUCUCAGCGGUCAUUUCAUCAGCAGUAUACACGCCAAGGCAAUCUCAUGAUUCAAUGAUGAUUGAUAGCCAUCAAGAAGCGAACGCUCUUCUCUUCACUGUUUCUGUAAACCACACUCUGAAAAUCUGGGCUCUGAACAAAGGUCACCUUUUGCAUGCCGUAGACCUUCUCAAUGAGGAACCUCCUACCUCGAACCACACUAUCAAAACCCUCCUUGAUCCAGCGCCUUCGCAACUGCUCACAAUUAUCGAUGUAUCACUACAAGAUGACCAUAUGUGCUAUCUUGUUAGUUUCUCCUCCGCCACGACCGGGAAAUUCAAGUUCUGGGCCGUGUUACGGGACGAAUAUGGUCAAUUUGAAGGCCUUGCUGAUCUCUAUCCCACCUCUGAAUUUUGCGCCGACCCCCCCACAGCAAACUCCGUCUGGAUCAUUUCCGAGUUCCGCAUCACUGCAGCAUCCCCCACUGACCCCAGCCUCUUUAACCUCUGGGUUCUCUGGAAAUCGAACACCACAUUCAAGGUCCAGAAUCUCCAAUUCAAAAUGGAAGCCAUCCCUAUGUACUGGAAUAAAUGGACCAGUGCCACUCCGGACUCACUCCAUGUUUCCCCUGGCCGCACUCCAUCGGAGGUCACAUCAGAGGAUAUCACGGACUACUGGAUUGACUGGCUCUUCUUUCCGGGCCGUUUCACGGACCAUGUUCUCCGGACAGCGCUCGCGGUGUAUGAGGACUACUACUCCGUGCCUGCCAACAACGAUGAUGAGAACGAUCCUAUCAAGGCUCGCGUUGCCAAGCUCAUUCCAGCUCAGGUUGAGCUGCAGAAAAUGGUCGAUGGGUCUCCGGAUUAUGAUAAAUACAGACAUGAGCUUGGCUUGCAGUGGAUACGGUACUGUAGACUCUGUACGGAGCUUGACAAGCAGCGCAGCGAGGCUCUAUCGCUUGUUGCGGACCCAGUUAGCGGGUUCGUAUGGACUGUCAAUGCGGAUGGCAUUACGGCGUUGAGGGAAUGCACAGAGAGCGAGGUCAUCCUUCAUAACUACGGGACACAUGCAGGUAAUCUGCAGCUGCUAUCAGAACGCACGCCGAAACGGCUUGGCGCUUCCUUACAAGGGGAGGAGCUUUCGGAUGUGCUAAGGCUUAUUCAGGCUGCGACGGACCUGAAGUACGAUCUCAUGGACAGGGCAUACGAUAAUUGUGUAUGGAGAUUGCAGAAGGAGGUACUGGAGGAUGCUCUAUUCUCCUAUGGAGAUAGGAUGGACUCUCUCUACCAUAACUGCAUUGCGGAUGAGUUAUCACCAUCCACCAUAGACAAGAUUGAGAAUGCAUUUGCGGCCAUGAAUGACCCUCAGAAUGCCUUCUCGAGUAUCCUAUCGAGUCUAUUCCACUCAGAUACCUAUACAGGCACCACGAAGCUUACCACGUUCGGUGGAACUGUACUGGUGACUGGAAGUCAGGAAGUCAUCAACGUCAAUCACAACCUCCUAUUUAGUCUCGUCUUUCUCCUUGUCUUGAUCUCUGUACCCGAAGAAUCUCCCAUUAGAAUCGCGGAACCCCAGAGGCUCUUUACGCAACUUCUAGACUACGUGCGUGAGUAUGAAGUCCUCGAUUGGGUUUCCCGCACACCGCUCUUGAUACCCGACAAGCGCCUCUCUACCGAAGAGGAGCUGUCUAAAGGCCUUGCCAAGUUAAAUAUUGAACCCGAGAUAACUGCAACCAUGAAGAAGCGCAGAGCGUCGGUUCUGCAGUGGCUCUUGGGUGAGAACUAUGGUCCUCCGGCUCUAGGCCUCGGCAGGGGUGGUAAUUUGGCGUUGUCUGAAUGCGUUAGACAGUUCCUGACAACUCUAGAGCUGGGGACUCACGGUAACGGGUUCAGCACCAUCUCGUCGGCACUGUUGGCGAUUGAUGCUGUUGGCACGGCGGUAGAGUUUAUAAAGUAUCUGCCAAGCACGUGCUGGGGUAAUUAUGUUGCAGGGAGGAUACAUCUGAGAGAUGGAAAUGUAGAGGCGGCGGCAUUAGGUUUCAGGAGGAGCGCCUGUGGGCUUGCAAAGGCGAACCCGACCUAUUACUCUGCGGUCAAGAGUCUGUUGACGGAGAUUGAGCUCGAGUCCUCACUUGGAAAGGGACUGCCGCCGUACUAUCUUCAUAUCGCAAGCCUCUUCGAGGAAGCGAAAGCUCCCGCCUAUGUCGCAGAAUUCUGCCAGGCAGCACUCGUAGCCUUAGAUGAUGCUCAAAACCUUGAUCUCAAAUGCGAGAUCCUCCUAAAGCUGUUCCAGUCCAACCUCCAGAUCUCCCUCUAUGACCAAGCAUACCUUGCACUAACCCAAUACACGAACGGGCCGCUCCAGCGUACUGCCCUCCGCGAGCUCGUCGGGUCCAUGGUUGAAGCCGGCCAAGGCUCCAAGCUCUGCUCCUACCCGUUCGUCGGCCUCCAAGACGAGGUUGACGAAGCCCUCGUCUACAAGUGCUCUUCCAUCAUUGACGUGACCACCGGCCCGCCCUUCCAUAAGGUUCUGUACGCGUGGAGGGUCCAGCGCGGCGACUAUCGUGGUGCCGCUGCCAUCUUACAUGAGCGUUUGCAGCGCAUCCAGACGGCCAGUGUCGGCUCUGCUGACCCCGGAAGCCGCAGCGUGUCGGAUGGCUUCCUGGUGCUGUUGAAUGCCAUGUCGUGUGUGGGUGAAGAGCAGGCAUGGAUCUUGAGUACAAAGAGGGUGGAAGAUGGACAAGGCAGCUCUGCGAAGAGAACAAGGGUCGGGAAUGAGGUUAGCAGUGCAGCGGUCAAGAGGACAGUCGUGACCGUAGAGGAUGUGAGAAAGGCGUACCAGAUUGAGGUUGAGAGGGUCGGGUUGUUACUAAACGGUGGAUUCUUUGUAUGA